UCUCUAAUUGUUUGUUCAGUUUAUAACUUUUCCUUAUAUUUUGCAAUGAAUUCCAACUGGUUUUUUCAGUGGAAUGAGAGGCAACGUGAAGACGAGGAAGAUGACGAAGAAGAUGAAGAAUAUGAUGCCCCCCUUUGGUCUUCUUCUAGUAGCCCAUUUUCUCCACGUUUGGGUCUUUUGCUGGGACCACCAAUUUGGACUAAGCCAGCCAAAUGGCUAAACUUAGCCCUCUUACCAACCCGAUAGCCCUGGCUCUUUGACCAUUUUAAAAUUUGUUGUUGGAGAUGAAAUAAGGGCUACAUUUUAGCCUUUGGCCCUUUGGACCUCCUUAUUGAAGAUGGCCUAAGCUUCCUUUUUUACCCCUUAUGUUGAUCUCUAUAUAUUGUUCAUUGGGGGUCAUGUACUCUUUCCUUUGGCAAUUAAAACGGAUCCUUAAUUGUUUCAUGAUUGUUCAGGCAAUGGCGGAUCCAGAAAUUUUUUUCAGGUAAGGCAAGACAAUGGCAGGUUGAAGGAAAAGGGGAAUGGAGGAAAAUUAGAGGGAAGCUAUAGAUUUUGGAGGCAAUUGUGAAGAUUUUGGAGAGAUUUUGCCCUAUUUCUGCCAUUUUCUUCAACAAUUCACUUGACUUUGCCCUAUUUCUGUCAAUUUCACAUACCUUGCUUAUACCAAACUUGUAUAGACUCAAAAAUCCAGUCUAGGCAACUGCCUAAGCUAGCCUCUAUGUGGAUCCGCCGGUGUCUAUAGGUACAGAUAUACACAUGUAUACUCAAACAAAUUGUGAGAUAGUCUUACGUAUUAUGUUGCUAGACUCGAUGGUUAUGGCAACAAAUUCAGAUAUGAUGUCACUUGCUGAUCUCUUAUUUGACUGUUUCACAACAUAAUCUACUAGAUUAUUAACUAGGGAUGUAAAUGAGCCGAGCCGGAGGGAAUAGCAGGGUGAUCAUGUUCGGCUAAUUUAUUUUUUAUUAAGCUCGAGUCGGGCUAAAGCUUGAAUUAUUUUUUCUAUGCUCAAGCUCGGCUCGACUUGAAUAUUUUUCUUAAGCUCGAGCUAGGCUUGGUUGGGCUCGAUUUAUUGGACGAGUUCGAGCUUGAAUAGGCUCGGCUAAGUUCAUUUGACUUUAAAUUUAAAAAAUAAAAAAGGAAGAAAGAAAAAUUAAAAUAAUAAUCCAAAAUUUGAUGUCUAACCAUCACACAAAUCUCUUUUUGUUAUAAAUAUAAUAAAUAUGUGGAUUGUCCACGUAAAUUCUCAUAUUUCAUGUCCUUAUGAUGUAAACUUAACUCCUAUAUAAAGGAGUCUAUGAGAAUGAAUAAGAUACACACUUCUACCUCCUCCUAUAUUCUGUUUCUCUAUUCUAUAUUCUCUAUUUCCUACAAACGUAAGUUUCUAGUUUAUAACAUGUUAUCAGCACGAAUUUGCUCUAAUUUUUCUUCUUCCUUGAACUCCAUGAUGAUCUACAAGUCUUAUGUUGCAACAUAGUUGCUUAUACCAAGGCAAAUGAUCUAUGAGUUCCCUUUUUCCUAUAGAUAAAUAUCAAUUUUUUUUAUGCUUUCAUAUAAUUGUUGACAAUUUAUAUUUUCUAUAUGACAAUAAGAACUACAUGUUCCAUUGCUGAAGACUCGAGUCCUCUGACCGAGUAGUCUUAGAACCUAUGGUUCUAUAGACAUCACACGAAUGUUUUUCUCGUGUGUUCCCUUUGGGAUCCAUUGUUCAUAUUUAUGAACAUUUUAAAACUCUGUUUCAUACAUGAUUUUUAUAUCAUUGUUCAUAGAACAUACAGUUCUAAUAUUAUGGAUCCUGAUAUAUCUCGUCUUUUCUCUAUGUAGGAAGAUGACGCAUCUGACAAAAUUGGAAUUUGAUCCUCUUGAAAUUUCUGGCAAGAACUAUUUGAGCUGGGUUCUUGAUGCUGAAAUUCACCUUAUGGCCAACAACCUUGGAGAUACCAUUAAAGUUGGCAAUAAGUCAUCUGUGCAAGAUCGAGCCAAGGCUAUGAUUUUCUUGCGUCAUCAUCUUGACAAGAGCCUAAAAGAUGAGUAUCUUACGGUGAAAGACCCGCUUGAGCUUUGGGAAGCAUUGGCUGAUCGAUUUGCUCAUCAAAAAACCAUUGUUCUACCUAGAGCACGGUAUGAAUGGACGCACUUGCGCCUUCAAGACUUCAACUCUGUCAUUGAUUUCAAUUCUGCCAUGCAUCGGAUUACCUCCCAACUAAAAUUAUGUGGAGAACCUGUCAGUGAAGAUAGCAAGCUCGAAAAGACUUUUUCGACUUUUCAUGCCACAAACAUGGUUCUGCAACAACAGUAUCGAGAGCGAGGAUUCAAAAAAUAUGCAGACCUCAUCUCAUGUCUUUUAGUGGCGGAGCAAAAUAAUGAGCUUCUAAUGAAAAACCAUCAGUCUCGCCCUACCGGGUCUCAACCCAUACCUGAGGUGAAUGCUAUUUUCACUGGUGGUCAUGCCAAUAGACAUGGCAACAAGCAUGGCAAUAAUAGUGCUCGUGUUAAGGGACGUGAUCGUCAAAGACCUAAUGGUCAAGGCCGUGGAAGCAUUAACCAACGAUUGGGUCCAAAGAAAAAUGCCAAAAUCCACAAAGGCAAGGGUCAGAUGAACAAAGUCCCCAAGAACAAUGAAAGCUUUUGCACCAGAUGUGGUUGCAAUGGCCAUUUUUGGAAAACUUGUCGCAUGCCAGAUCAUUUAGUGGCGCUUUACCAAGCCUCUAUCAAAGGCAACAAAGCUGAAAUUAACUAUAUUGAUCAGUCAGAUCCUUGGGAUUCAUCUAUUGUAAUAUAUUUUAUUUUUAAAUUCUCAGAUUCUCUUCCAAUUGAAAAGGAAAGUAAUAAAAAGAAUUAAAGAUUUGAGAUUAGAAAAAUUAUAU